CAGCGCUCUUGAGUGCGGCAUGCAGUGCGCGUUUUCUUUUUUACUGUAUGUGAUUGUUGGCCAAAUGUGAAUGAUGGCGAUGUAGAGACGUAGAUGCGAAAGAAAACUGUAGAGGCACACCAAGGGAUUUCAAAGUAGUCAGUGAGUGAUAUACUAGAUAACUCUCUCAAACUCCUUUCCAUUGCCCAGCCUACCCAGGCACAGAAGAGGUUGACAUGGAAGGGACUCACUCCACCCACCUUCUAUACAGUCCUAUUGAGGAGAAGGUCUCCAGGACCCAGUGCUUCCCCACACACAGGGCCCCUGCUGGCCAGCAAACCUCCACCUUCUUCAAAAAACAGCCAAUAGCAACCCACAGCGGUCUGUGGGAGGAGCCUACAGAGGCGAAGAGGAGGAGUCAAGCAGACGAGCGGGAUUCCAGGAGUUUUAAGGAGGCACUCAAACCCAAUAGUUCUUCAGAUCUCUUUUGGCUGACGGACCUGCUGCCUCUCUGCUAUCAGUGUAAGUCCAUGUUGGGCAUGGGGAACCAGGGAGGCAAGACCAAGAACCACGGUUCCCUCGAAACCCAAGAGGGUUCUCCGGGGUCACCACAUCCCCAGACUGCCAAGAGGAGGAGGAGCACGGAGGGGUCGAGAUGCACCAGCAAGCUGGAGCACACCCUGGCUCAGUCCUCCAGGAGCUCUCGGGGGACGUCCAGAGGACGCCGGCUGAAGAGGCUGUGGAUGAUGAGAAGUCCCCCGGCGGAGGAGCAGUUGGACUGGGGCCCGACAGAGCAGAGUCCUCCCUCCGAGGUUCAGAGCUUCUCCACAGCCGGAAGGGCCUCGGUCGUGAGAGCAGCCGUGAUGGGAGCCAAGAGGGAGAACCUCCCUGGGGUUCUGUCCUCGGCUCUGGGGGAGAAGAAGGUGUGUUCCGGUUCCGCUACAUCCCCGGGUUCCUCCAGCAGGGUUCCACGCUCUGAGAUCCGUUCCCUUUCUCCCAGGGACGUCCUGUCUUUGAAAGACGUGUCUUUUCACUUCGACUCAGACGCAGAGCUGUCGGAGUAUGAGAAUGAAAUGUACAACGCUUGCGCGUCCCCUUCCAGCCCUCAAAGUGACGGGGAGCCCCUGGACAGCACCAGACAUUCUCCAGAGGGGGGCAUGGCUCAGGCCCUGAGCCCGCGCCAAGAGCAACGCACGCCAGGCAAGGAGUGGAGGGUGGAGAGGGUGGAGAUGGAGGAGAGGGAAAAGGCAGCCCAGCGCCGGUGUGUGGAAAUGGAGAGGAGGGACGCAGCCUGGAGGGUGAAGGGGAAGAUCAGGGAAGUGGAGGGGAUCAUACGCCGUGUCAGCUUCACCAGCGGAGACUGGAUCAGAGAGAGAAGAGAGGGGGAUGACUGGAGAGAGGGUCAGCUGUUUGCCUCCUUACCAGAUGGAUGUGCGUGUAAAGAAACAGUGUCUGAGCCUCAACCCCAACCCCUGACUCAGCCUCGCCCUCAGCCCCAGCCUCAACUCGACCAGGUUAUAAUGGUGUCACAGCCUCAGCCCCAGGUCCAACUGGAGGGCUGUAGUCCCACUCAGGAGAACACUCUCCUUGUUGAGGAGCACCUGUACCUGGGUGAGGCCUUCAGCCAGAGGCUAACACGAGCCUUCUGGAUGGAGGGCCUGGGUGAAGAUGUAGACUGGGAGACUAUGAGACAUGGCGGAGGCCUCAGAGAGGGUAGGGAGACAGAAUGGCCCUUCAGCUUUGACCCUGGCACCCCUGAAUCACCAUCGUGGAAGUCCCUUACUCAGUCCCCAAACACCUUAGAACUUCACAGCGACAUGAUCACCUUUGACCCUUUCACAGAGUUGGAGGCAUCCUCACCACCUCCCCUCACCACCCUGGUGGACACAUCUCCCCUCGCCCCCAGUAGCUUCCACAGCAUGUCACCUAUUCUGUACCCUCAUCCAAUUGGCCCUCGUCCAGCCCUACACUUCUUGCUUGGGCCUCUCGCCCAGCCGUCGGAGGAAGAGGAGGGUGAGGAAGAGGAGGGGGGAUACGAAGAGAGGAAGACCAGGCGUGUUGUUAUAGACUCUCAGGGAGGUGAUAGGGGUGUUGGAGGCAAGACUGUGGCCACCAAGGGAGCUGUAAGCGACAAGAGGAAGUCUAGGAAGAGAGUGGCAUGGCUGGACCAAAGACUGAGCGAGCAGAACCAGAAUCAAAGCCAGGACCAUGACCAAGAUCAGGUCCAGGACCAGACCCAUUCUAGUCCCAGCUGGACAACCUCCAGCGUGGAUUCAGUGUUUUGUUCAGAUGAGGCCCUCCGGAGACAGGAGGAGGUCUGGCUGCGUGAGGUGGAGGAGUCUCUUUCUGUCUGCAGGUCCCUGUCCCGGCCCUCGCGCCCCACACACGCCGACUUCCUACGCAUCACGCCGCAGGAAGAUGACAUCACCAGCGACUCGUCCUUGUCGCCAGAAUCAGCUGGUAUCUGA